AGGUCAAGGUUACCGGAUGUGACGACACGGGCAUGGUUUAAUAAAACUUAUGGUUGCACAAACACAUGAUUGCGUUAAAGUUUUGUUGAUUGUAUUCUUGUCACUGACUUUGGUACGGAGUAAAGAGAAAUAAUGGGGAAGAAAAACAAGGAGCCUUCCCUCGGAAGACAUUUGAUAAAAGAGAGAUUUGGGAAACAGCGGAAGAAAGUUGGGACAGAUUCAUUCUUACACACAAGUGAGCUUUCUGAUGGCUUUGACUGGGGUCGUCUCAAUCUGCAGUCCGUGACAGAACAGAGCAACUUGGACGAGUUUUUGGCUACGGCUGAACUUGCGGGAACUGAAUUUACAGCAGAGAAGUUAAAUGUGAAGCUGAUCACAGUUGACAGGAACUCUGGACUGCUGACUGAAGAGGAGCAAACUAAGGUCACACAGGUGCAGGAGGAGAACAAACAGCUGCUGAGAAUACCAAGGAGGCCGCAGUGGGAUGAGACCACUACUAAGUCAGAGCUGGAGCAGGCUGAGAGGGAGUCAUUCUUAGUGUGGAGGAAACACUUGGCCUUACUGCAGGAGAAGGAACAUAUCUUAAUGACACCUUUUGAGAAGAAUUUGGACUUCUGGAGACAGCUUUGGAGAGUGAUAGAAAGAAGUGACAUUUUGAUCCAAAUUGUGGAUGCCAGGAACCCACUGCUGUUCAGGUGUGUUGACCUGGAGAAAUAUGUGAAGGAGGUCAACACAGAGAAGGUCAACAUGGUGCUGGUCAACAAGGCAGACUUUUUGACUGACAAACAGAGAGAGAUGUGGUCAGAAUAUUUCAGCAGGGAAGGUGUCAGGGUGGCAUUUUGGUCAGCAGUGGAAGAAAUGAGGAGAUUACAGGAAUUGGAAGAGAAAUCUGAUGAAAAUGGUGACACUGCUUCUGAUGGAGAAGGUGAAGAGGAAAGUGACAGUGAUGAAAGUGAAACAUCAGAUCAAAAUCCCGAGAGGAGAAGCUGUAGAGGACAGCAGGCGACAUCUGGAUCACAGAUCAAUUCUGCUGUAGAGGGGGGUGAACCCUAUUGUUCAGGGACUGAUGGGUCAUUGAAAGGUGCAACUACAAAUUUAAAUCAUGAACAGAAGGAAGUAUGUAAUUUAACAGAUGACAUAUCCAAAGCAGACUGUUCCACAUCUGAUGGUGCAAUAUUGUCAACUGAUAAUUGCAGUUGUGAUACAGUGACAACAGAAAACAAUGACAGCAGCAGUACAAAAUGUGAUGAAAACAGUGCGAGGGAAACCUGUGUCCACAACAGCAGCAAGUUGUUGAAUGGAGAAGAAUUAUUGGAACUUUUUAAGACUGUUCAUGAAGGAAAGAAAGUGACUGAAGGGAUUUUGACUGUUGGCUUGGUUGGUUACCCUAACGUUGGCAAGAGUUCUACCAUCAAUGCUCUUCUCCACACCAAGAAAGUGUCCGUUUCUGACACUCCGGGGAAAACAAAACAUUUUCAGACCCUGUAUGUGGAGCCAAGUCUCAUGCUGUGUGACUGCCCAGGUCUCGUGAUGCCCACCUUCGUUUCCACCAAAGCAGAGCUGAUCCUCAGUGGAAUUCUGCCCAUUGACCAGAUGAGAGACCACGUGCCUCCCACUUCUUUACUCUUACAGCAAAUUCCUCGGAGGACCUUGGAAGCCAUCUACGGGAUUUUGAUUCCAAGGCCUAUGGAAGGAGAGGAUGAAAACAGGCCUCCCAAAGCUGAAGAGUUCCUGAAUAGCUAUGGAUGUAAUUGA